GAAAAAGUGUGUUAAAAUUCACGUAAUUUCCAUUCGGGUGAAUGAAAAAGAAAAUUUGAAAGAUGACUAUAUAUUUCGAUUUACGCAUCCUGUAUGUUUAUACCGGAUACUAUUCACGUUAUUUUAGCCCCCCACUUCCCACUCUCUCUUCCCAAUUCGCCUUCGAAACCAACACACAGUCACACAGUAGCUUCAAAAUCGCCAUUACUCCUUUUCCAUGUUCCACAAAAAACUAGACUGAUCCUAAACGAAGCCCCAAAAGAAAAAAAACAGAGUGACAUGGGCCCGCAAGAACCCAGCAUUACCAGCAGCAACGACAGCAGCUCUUCAUCAUGUUCGGCGUCCAGAACGCCGCCGGACCAGAUCGACCAACUCCUCGCCGGGGCUGGAUACGUAGUCCGUUCGUCGGAGCUCAGCCAGGUGGCUCACCGUCUGGAGCACCUGGAAACCGUGAUGGGGGAGCAGGACCUGAUGGGUUUCCCUCAACAUCUAGCCAACGGCGUCGUUUAUUACAACCCGUCUGACCUCUCUUCUUGGGUCGACACUUUAUUGACAGAGCUGAAUUGCCAGCAACCCAACUCAACGUUGGCUGUCCAGAUUCCGGUGGACUCCGGUGUGGGUUCAGCCGGCUGGAGUACUGAAACUCCGCCUCCGCCGCCGCCGCAACCGGAGGUAUUGUCCCAUGUUUUGCAUGCAUUGGACCAAGAGGAUUCCAGCAUUCACCUUGUUCACGUUUUGCUUACUUGUGCGGAAUCUGUUCAAUCCGGGAACUUCUCGUUAGCCGGGAAUUUGAUUGAGGAGCUCCGGGUUCUGCUGACCCGAGUAAACACUUUAUCCGGCAUCGGAAAAGUGGCCGGGUAUUUCAUCGACGCGCUGAGCCGGCGGAUAUACAUGGCCCAAGGACUCAGCUCCAUGGAUUCCGCCGUUGAGAAUGAGAUCUUUUAUCACUGUUUCUACGAAGCGGCGCCGUAUUUGAAAUUCGCCCAUUUCACGGCGAAUCAAGCCAUACUGGAAGCUUUCCAGGGCCACGAUUCCGUCCACGUCAUCGAUUUCAAUCUUAUGCAGGGAUUACAGUGGCCGGCGUUAAUCCAGGCGUUGGCGCUCCGCCCUGGUGGGCCACCACUGCUGCGGAUUACGGGGAUUGGCCCACCAUCGCCGGAUGGACGUGAUUCUCUACGAGAAAUCGGAUUGAAGCUAGCUGGACUGGCUCGCUCGGUAAAUGUUAAGUUCGCCUUCCGAGGCGUGGCGGCUUCCCGGCUUGAUGACAUCAAGCCGUGGAUGCUCGAAGCCAGCCCGAACGAAGCCAUUGCUGUAAACUCAAUCUUCCAGUUUCAUAAAUUACUCGGCCCGGAUUCGCUUCACGGCUCAUCCAUCGAAUCGGUUCUGUCUUGGAUUCGGAGUUUGAACCCGAAAAUCAUUACUGUCGUCGAACAAGAAGCGAACCACAACAAAGCCGAGUUUCUCGACCGGUUUACAGAAGCGCUGUACUAUUACUCAACAAUGUUCGACUCGCUCGACGCUUGUGCAACCCAGCCGGAGAAAGCCUUAGCCGAGAUGUACUUGCAGAGAGAGAUAUGUAACGUGGUUUGUUGUGAAGGUUCAGCUCGGGUCGAAAGACACGAGCCGCUUGCAAAAUGGAGAACCCGGCUUACUGGAGCCGGGUUUAAGCCGUUGCACUUGGGAUCUAAUGCAUUUAAGCAGGCCAGUAUGCUGUUAACGUUGUUCUCAGCUGAAGGGUAUUGCGUCGAGGAAAAUGAAGGGUGUUUAACUCUAGGCUGGCAUAACCGGCAGCUCAUUGCAGCUUCGGCUUGGCAACCGGUACCAGCUGAGCCGGUACCCGCAAUUUAGUAUUAAUUUAGAAUAAAUUUUGUACUGCUGCAGUUAAAUAAUAUUUGCUAGAAAUGAUCAUUUUGGAUAAUGCUUUUAGAGCUGUAAUUUCAUCUGAAAAUAUUGAACUUCUAGUGAUACACAUUAGGCCAUCUUCACGUUAAGACACAUUGGAGAAGCUUUUACAACGUUGUUGAGGUGCCUUUAGGAAUUAGGAUUAUUCUUUUUUAUGCCGAGGAUUUUGGUUUUGCUGUUGUCUUGUUACUUGAUGAUAACACCAAACAAACAUAUGUAACGGCUUGAACAGCUAUAAAAUAAACGUGAAGGAUUGAAAUCUGAGUGGCAAGCCUACCCUAUAAACGUACGUUUAUUAGCAUGUACUUCGUGACCCAAAUUCAAAAAAAUAUAUGAAGUAGGGCUA